AAUUGAAGAAACAGAGGGGAGAAAACCCAAAGCCCAAUACUGGGUCACAUCCCCACACCUAGAAGCCACCAGUCUCCAGUUGCUUGGCUGCUGCUGGGCGUGUGGCGGUGACUCCAGGGGGAACGGCUUGCCCAGUGGGAGCUGCCUGUCCCGCCCCCGGGUGGGGUGAAAGCUUGGGAAGCUGCAGCGAGUCCCGAGCAGAGGGAGAUCGUCCUCAGCAGCCUCCGAGGCCGUCCCAGCAGCAACAACUCCAGAAGCGGCAGCCUCAGCAGCAGCCUUGGCAUCAUGGGCGGAUCUGCCUCCAGCCAGCUGGAUGAGAGCAAAUGCACUUAUAUCCAAGGCAAAACUGAAGCCGCUAUCAAAAACUUCAGCCCACAUUAUCGUCGCCAAUAUUCUGUGGCUUUCUGCAAUGAUGUUCGGAGUGAAGUCGAGCAGCAUAGAGACUUGAGGUCCCAGUUCUUAAAAACCAAGCCACCUUUGGAUACAGGGACAGUCUUGUAUGAAGGAGAGCUGUCCCAUUUUGCAGAUGACCUAAAGAAAUGGAAAGACAGAUACAUUGUGGUUAAAAAUGAUUUUGCAGUGGAGAGCUAUGAGAACAAAGAGGCUUAUCAGAAAGGAGCCAAUCCUAAAAGUCGCAUUCUCCCAGCGGGCGGCAAAGUUUUAACUUCUGAAGAAGAUUACAAUUUAUUAUCUGACCGACAUUUUCCUGACCCUAUUGCUCCCAGCGAAAAGGAGAAUUUUCAGCCCUUUGUUGUUUUGCCGAAAGAAUUCCCAGUGUACCUGUGGCAGCCCUUCCUCAAACACAACUACUUCUGUUUCCAAGAUUCAGGAGACCAAAAACAGUUCAGCGCUCUACUGAACGACUGCAUUCGACAUCUAAAUCACGAUUAUCUGAAGCAGAAAACAUUUGAAGCCCAAGCCUUUUUAGAAGCGGUACAAUUCUUCCGGCAGGAGAAGGGCCACUAUGGAUCAUGGGAAAUGAUCACUGGGAAUGAAGUCCAGAUCUUGAGCAACCUAGUGAUGGAAGAGCUCUUGCCAACCCUUCAGACCGACCUUCUACCUAAAAUGAAAGGAAAGAAGAAUGACAGAAAAAGAGCUUGGUUUGGUAUUUUAGAAGAAGCCUACAACUUGGUCCAGCAUCAAGUUUCAGAAGGAUUAAGUGCUUUGAAAGAGAAAUGCAGAGCUCUGACAAAGGGCCUAGAAGGGACCAUUCGUUCAGACAUGGAUCAGAUUGUGAACUCAAAGAACUUCUUAGCUGGAAAAAUCAGAGUCAUGGUGGCUGAACCUGCUGGAAGAACUUGUGCAGAGAGUAUACAACCAUUCCUGUCUUCCAUCUUGGAGGAACUCAUGGGGCCAGUGAGUUCUGGGUUCAGUGAAGUCCGGGCUCUCUUUGAAAAAGAGGUGAAUGAAAUCAGCCAAAGUUUCCAGACCAACAAAGAUCCUGCUCAGCUGAAGGAGCACUUGGACCAGCUGAGGAAUCUUCCACUGAACUCAGUGAAGAUGGAACCUUGUUACUUGAAAGUCAACCUACUCCAAGAACAACUCCAAGACCUCAAGAGCCGCUUCAAGUUCCCCCACAUUGACUCGGUCGUACAGAGGACCCAAAACUACAUGCAAGAACUCAUGGAAAAUGCAGUCUAUACUUUUGAGCAGCUUCUAUCUCCCCAUCAACAAGGAGACGUGUCCAAAAUCUCCACAGCCAUUGAAAAAGUCAAGAAACGAGUCUUAAAGCAAUAUGAUUAUGAUAGCAGCACCAUCCGGAAGAUGCUAUUUCAGGAGGCGCUGGUUCAGAUCACACUGCCCACAAUGCAAAAGGCAUUGGCAUCAACGUGCAAACCAGAGCUUCAGAAAUAUGAGCAGUUCAUCUUUGCAGAUCACACCAAUGUGAUCCAAGUUGAAAAUGUCUAUGAGGAGAUUUUGUAUCAGACCCUCCUUGAUGAAACCAUAAAAGUGAUAAAAGAAGCCGCUGUUCUCAAGAAGCACAAUCUUUUUGAGGACAAUAUGGCCUUGCCAUGUGAAAGUGUGUCCAGCUUAACUGAUCUAAAAACCCCCUCUGGGUCCAACCAGGCCAGUCCCGCCAAGAAAUCAUUGACAGGCCUGCAAGAAAUUUCAGACCAUGAAACAUCAAGCAAUGAAGUGUUCCUCACAUCAGAGGAGAAGAACCCAGAAGCCCAACCUGACUCUGCAUACCCCUCUGCCAGAGAGGAAAGCAUGUCUUUCCUGCUGUCUAGCCCUUCUCUAAACACCAAUGAGAAAGUGAUUAUUGCUAGGAUGUUUGACCAAGAUGAUUCAUCCCAAGAGGAAAAGGCAGAUCUCCUAAGCACAGACACACUUAGAAUCGAGUUGGUAGGAAUUCCUGAGAAUGUAAACCAGUCUGGGGAAAAAACCCUUGCCCCAGACUCCUUGAGUGAGAUCAGGAACUUGUUGACAGUGACUGUUGAGGUGCCAACAGAUCCUGCCCAGAAGGAAAGAGGAGAAGCUAUGAAGAAUGAUGUGAACCAGCAGGGGGAAGAAGGUGGGAAAGGGAAGAAGGAAGAAGAAACCCAAAUGAAUAAAGAGGCCAAACCAACAUCCACUUUCCAUUGGGAAGAGCGCACUUUCGGUGAGAUCAGUGCCAAUCUGUCUUCUCCUUCCAGUCAAGAGAUCAGUGGUACAAGUUCGAUGCAAUUGCCAGAAGUGAGCAACUGUGGUCCUCAGCCAGCUUGUGUUAAACUCUCAGGAGAACACAGAGAAGAGGAAACAGAGGCAGAAGCCACUAGCAGUGUCUGGUAUACUGAAGCACACGAUUGUCAAGUUCCCCAAAGUGAUCAGCUGCUAACAGUGGGACCCAGUGAAAGUAUAUCUAGAGGGGGCACUUCCAUGUUGCAAGAAAUAGAAAGAGCCCAGCUUCAGGCCAUCCCAGCAGGAACUGAGAUGGAAACCACAUCUGCCUUUUUUCUUGAGAGUAAGCUCUUAACUGAAGAAGAUUGCGUUUUGGAUGAUGGCCACACCCAAAUGGAAUCUGCUGGGCAGAGCUUGAUUCCUCUGGAGCAGGAGAAAGAGAAUAACUCCCUUGCCUAAAUGCAGACCCAAAAAUUCAGAACACCAAAGGCUUAACGAUGCUGGUGGGAUGACAAGUACCAGCAGAUAUCCGAAAAUGUUCCAAGCACGAAAGAUAAAAUCUCCUUGUGAAAGUAACCAGGAGAACUAUACAGAGCAGCAGUCAGAAAACUAGCCAAUGUUAAUUGGCCAGAGAGUUUCUCUCUGAAAACAAUCAGCCAAAAAUUAUUAGGGGAUUUAUUUAGGGUCUGCAUGUAAGUUUCUACAAAUAAAUAUUAUAAGAAGAUCCUUUAAACUAAAAAGUGAAACCAAAGGGAAAGCCUUAGUUACAGUAGUCAAGCAGCAGCUCUUGCUGGCAAGGCAAACUAUUCUGUGCAAAUGAUUGCUUCAGUUUUCAUAGGAAUUUCAAAAAUAAUGGAAUGUCCUUAUUUGACUUGGGUGGGGGGGUAGAGAAGAAGAGGGAGAUGGACAGAUGGACAAAGGUGAGGGUUAUAUUUAUGGCUGAGAAAACACUGUGAUCAGGUUUCACAAUCCACUCUACAUUUAGGUGACAUUGCCUUCUACAGCACUUUAAAGCAUCUCCCUCUCUCUCUCUCCUCUCUCUCCCUCCCUCCUUCCCUUUCCUCUCUCCUUCUCUUUCACUCUCCUUAAAGGGAUUAAUGCAAAUGUUUACAGUAAUGCCAGUUUUCAUCAUUCAUUAAUAUCCCAGUUUCACUACUCCUAGGAGUUCAUCAAUCAUCCACAGCCUGGAUGAGCAAAACAGCAAGCUCAUUAACACAGACAGUCCUUGCAGCAAUUUGAGGCCCACACGUGUUAAUUAUGUUAUAAAUGUAGGGAUCUUAAUGAGGGAAAGCUGAAAAGUCUUAAGAAAGGUUGUAGCCAAUUAAACUUACUCUCAGACCCAUUAACCCAUUGGGCUCAUGAAUUUCUUGCCAUCACCUGUCACCUUUGUAUUUGUAACUUUGCCUUUUGGUUUUACUUUCAACAAACAUUUUUAUUAGGCUGUCUACUAUAUGUCAGGUACUAUGCCAGAUUCCAGGGCUAGAAAGACAACACAUUGAGCAAUCCCAUCCCUCAGGGAGCUUACACUUUAUUUCAGGGUGGGGAGUGAAAAGGAUAUAUAACGUUCUUGCAACUUUGUACUGGGGAAAAGUUCAGAUUUGGCAAUGCAAGUUCACUUCUCACUUGGGAACCUCAACUCAAAGUACAGUUGGUCCUCCUUAUUUGCAGUCUGCAGAACAAAUCUGAGCUGGAUUGUCUAGCAAAGCAAAAGCUCAAAGUAGAUUUAUUCCGAAAAGGAAAAAGACUAUCAUGAUUUUUAAAAACUGUUUGAUAGACUGACAUUUUUCUAUGUACACUAUCAUGUGUUACUCCAGAAAGCAAAACAGAAAAAAAAAUCAGGUUACAUGUAGCCAUUAAAUUACAUAAAUGUUAUCAAAAUUAAAAUGCAUAAUAAUCACUUUUAAAAUAUCUCAUAACUUGUCAGUAGAGUGAUAGGAUGUUGCAGCUAGGAAAGGACUUUAUGAGUCAUUAACACCAAUCUCCUCAUAUUAUAGAUGAGGAAGCCUAGGCCAUAAGAAAUCAGGUGACUGAGCCAGGGUUACGCAUUGUCAGGGCCAGGGCUCAAGCCAAGAUGUAUAAUCAGUAUUUUUCCCCCCACUAGGCCUUGCUACCUUGACCAAAAGGUAGAAGACAAUUGUUCCAUUUCAGAGUGGAGUAUGAAAUAAGUGGGGGCGACUAGGUGGUGCAGAGGAUAGAGUGCCAGACCAAGAGAUAGGAAGACUCAUCUUCCUGGCUUCAAAUCUGGCCUCAGACACUAGUUCUGUGACCCUGGGCAAGUCACUGAACCCUUUUUGCCUCAGAUUCCUCCUCUGUAAAAUGAGCUCCAGAAGGAAAUGGCAAACCGCUCCAGUAUCUUUGCCAAGAAAACCCCAGAUGGGAUCAUGACACGACUGAAAAUGACUAAACAACAGUAAUGAAGAAAGAAGUACUUUAAUUUUUUUUAAAUCUAGAGCUAUGAUUUUUACCAGUGUUGGGAAGUCCCUCCACUUGUGCAGAUUGGCAAUUUAUAGUCUAUUUAUAGUCAAUUGAUAGUUACCUGGGGGACUGACUGGGAAAGCACUUUGCCCACAGUCCCAGUUAGUAUUUAUCAGAGGCAGGCCUUGAACAUAGAUCUUCCUCACUCCAAGGCUGGCCCUCUACCAUAUCACACUGCCUCUUCUGCCUUCCAUAGGGAUUUUAUUUACUUCUUUUGUGAUUUUUAGUGUCAAGCUUAGGAUGAACUUAGCACUCUUAAAAGCCUACGAAUAUUAUCCUUGGAUUCUCUGAUAUACGUCAGUCGAGCUCAAUGUAUGGAAAUUUGCACCAAUGGUUUCUUGCCAUCACAGUCACUUUUAUGUAUUAGUUUUGGGUGAAAGCUGUGUGAUUAUCAACUGGUUUUAACCCUGCUGACUUUGGGAGGGGGGCUCAUUUCCUCCAGAGAGAUAAUUAGUUUUUAUGAUUUGCACUUUGUCCAUUUCUAUCUUUCAGUAGGGAUGUGUGUACUUUGCAAUGAAUACAUGUAGCAAAUUACCUUUUCAGAGAGAGAUUUUUGAGAGCCACCCUAAUGAGAUUCGAAUUUAGCAAACUCUCUCUGAAGUUAUGCAAAAAGCUUCAGGAUUCUUUGGCAUAGACUUUUUCAUGAAUGGUGUCUCCCAUAUUUAGAUCCCACUUCUUGAGGGAGCCAACAAUUAUUUCAAGAGGCAUAACAAAAGUCUUUGGUGGUAGUUGGGAAUGUUUCUUAGAAAAUAAGUAUUUUCCACAUGCUUUCGAUGUUUAAAUAGCCCAUGUGCCAGGCAUUGACAUUUUUAGAAGAAAGGAAAGGGUGAUGUUACAAAAUCGGUCAUUGAUGGUAGUGUUGUGACGGUAAGAGGCUUGGGAACUCUUGUCUUUGCACCUUGUUCCUACAGGAUUGAGGGCCAAACCCUCUGAAUUCUGUACUGAUUCUUUGUAGCAGUUUUAAGAAAACAAAAUACUGUUCUUAUAACCCUACUCCCUGUAGAUUGUUUUAUCUAGUUUCUGCAAAGUCAAUAAAAUUCAAAACACUUCGUAAUCAUUUAUUUACCUUGUAAGGUGCUUAUAUACCAAUAAAAUGUUUCUCUUCGAAAAGUU